CGGAGCGACGUGAGCAUGGACUGGACGCGCUCCUCGGCGAGCCUCGCGCAGACGUGUGACCCGAGCCGCUCCGCGCGCACACUUCAUGCACGCGGGAAUCGCCGCGUGGGAGUUCAGCCCGUCAGCGCCCCAGUCGUCCGCUACGUAUCCACCUAUGCUUCCCGCAGGGCAGACGCGCUCCUCGGACAACAGUAACACAGACGCUCCGGCGGGAGCCAGUCCCCCGCUUCGACCACAUCAGCGGGUCUGCCCGCCCCUUUCAUUGCCCGUGGUUUCCACGCGGGACGUUAUCUGAACCCGGACUCGCACCACCGGCGCGGCCGCUGUCAUGAACCCGGUGAAUGCCACCUCUUUGUACGUGUCCGCCAGCCGCUCGGUGCUGCAGUGUGAUCCCAGAGACCCCCGGGCCCUAGCGGAGCUCUGCAGGCUGCUGCCCUUCUUCCGCCAGUCCGUGUCCUGCCUUGUGUGCGGUAACCUGUUACAGGACCCCAUAGCUCCCACCGACUCGUCUUGUCAGCACUACGUAUGUCGAGGUUGUAAGGGCCAGAGGAUGCAGCUGAAGCCUUCUUGCAGCUGGUGUAAGGACUACUCUCGCUUCCAGGAGAACAGACAGCUCUCCUUAUUGGUCCACUGCUACAGGAAGCUCUGCCUCUACAUCGCCCAGUCACCGCUCGCCCCUCACAUAGCCAGCGCUGCCAGCGAUUCACCAGAUCUCCAGGCCAUUCUCAAUGAGGGCCUCACAUUGGCAGAAACCGAGCAGGAAGCAGAGGAUGUGUCAGACUCAGCCGGCCAAUCGCAAACAGUGUCACAAAUGACCCUGGAGCCAGUCCAACCUGAUGAAGCUCCGCCCUCCAUGGAUUGUAAAGGGGAGGAGCCUAGUUCUGUGGGCAUCAAUGGGUUGCAUGAUUGUAACAGCCUGGCCAGCACGGACACGCUGCAGCCCAUUGCCAUAGAGACAGCGGGAGACCUUUUGAAACAAGACAGCUUUGGUGAGGAGUUGCCGGUGUGUGUGAGUGUCACAGGAACUGGGGAGGCGGGCCUUUGUGACAUCACUACGUUCGGGGAGGACCUUAAACAUGGCGGGGGGACAUUGUUGUUGAGUGUGGAGGAGGUCCUCAGGACUCUAGAAACGGACCCUGAUCCGGGCCCCGAUCCUGACCCGAACUCCCAGACGGACUGUUCCCCCACCAUACCUCAGUCUAGCCUCAAUGGGCCUCACUGCCCAACGGGCCCCGACUCCUCCCGCCUUACCCCAUCCCUCCCCCCAGAAAACAGCCCCCGGCCCAUACAGCCUCACCCCCAGCCCUCGCUACCACCUCCCCCUCAGCCCUCUACAGUCAUACCCCGUGUUCCGCCUCGCUGCCACCGCAAGCGCUCUCGCUCGGAGAGUGACAGCGAGAAGGUACAGCCUCUCCCCAUUGCUAGCCUCCUUCGAGGCCCCUCCAUCGUUGCCAACAGUUCCCCUCACCACCUGAACCCCAGUGCCACUACCAAACGAGAGCCCAAGUUCUCUGCGGCUCCACCACAUCCGCACCUGGCCCCAGUGCCCAACGGAGGGGGGCCCAAAGUCGGCAAGACAGUGCUCGUCUCCAACAAGGGAAUGAAAAAGACUGCAGAGCACCAUGGGGGAACCAAGAAGGCCUACGCCAAGGCCAGGCAAGGGGCCCCCAAACCCCGAGCCCAGCCCCGCGACCGUAUGCUACCCCAUCCUCACUCGCACCCCAUCACCCAUCCGCCCAGCCCCUCCAAGCCACUGUAUAAGAAACCUGUGGAAAAGAAGGGCUGUAAGUGUGGCCGUGCCACUCAGAACCCCUCUGUGUUGACAUGUAGGGGGCAGCGCUGCCCCUGUUACUCCAACCGCAAGGCGUGCCUUGACUGUAUAUGUCGUGGCUGUCAGAACUCCUACAUGGCCAACGGGGAGAAGAAGCUUGAGGCGUUUGCCGUGCCAGAGAAGGCCUUGGAGCAGACGCGGCUCACGCUUGGCAUCAACCUCACCAGUAUCACCGCGGCAGCCCUCCGAAGCCCGGCAACCAGCUCCCCGGGCAACGCGCUCAUCAACGUCGCCACGGCAACGGGGGCACCAGUGACUGCCACCUUCCUGUCGGGGGCGGGGCACGACAACAGGGGCUUCGAUGAUUCGCUGGAGAUGCGGUUCGACUGUUGAGGUUUCUGUCAGCGGCGAUUUUUUUGUCACGCACAUUCCCCAGAACUUAAGACCCGGACCCGGGCUGGGCCACGUCCGCCGGGCUGCGCAGAAAGGACCCGCGCUGGCGGAGUCGGAACAAGGCAGCUACAGUGACAGGCGGAAGUGUGUGUGUUCAUGUGUGAAGGGGAAGGAAAGGUGGGGGGCACCAGCUGAGGAGCACCCCCUACAUCCAUCGCCCGAAGUUGCACCAUGUUUGUGGUCUUAACAUACUGAACACAGAGGUAGAUGAAAGAGGGAAGCAGAGCGAGAGCGAGCGGGAAAGUGAAGAUGUAGCGUUACUGUAUGUUCAGUGAUAUCAUUUCAAUUAUCGAAGGGUUUCUUUUGUUUUCUUCUCCACUAUGAUGGGUAUGUUUAGCGCAUGUUGUUUAGCUAAGUUGGAAGUUCUGACCAGGCUGUGUUUUGUCAUACUUCUUGGUGUGCGUGUGCUUGUGACUCUUUCUCGAGAGAGAGAGAGAG